AUGGCAGAGGCAGUAGGACUCGCCCUCAGCGUCCUACCAAUCGUCAUCUGGGCCCUGGAAAAGUACUCGGAGCCGUUCGAGGCCUACAGCGACUAUCACAAUGCGAUUAGCACGCUACAGGCCAACCUGCAGAUCCAGCGGAUGCAUCUCGAGGCCACUUUUCAGAGCAUCGGCCUGCGGCACCCGACGCCUCGCGAGCUGCAUGAGUGCCUGCAGCAAAAGUUUCCGCAGAACCACACGGAGCUGUUGUUUAUUAUUCGGCAGAUGGAUGCCUUGAUGCUGGGGCUGAUGGAGAACCUGCAAGUAGACAUAAGCCGAAAACCUCUCUGGACUCACGAGUCUCCCGAAAGAGCAGCAUGGGAAUGGCGUCGCGUCAAGCGCAGUUUCCGCGCAAAGAAAUGCGACAGGAUCAUCCACGACCUGCGCAACUGGAACGACGACCUGCGGCACCUCAUCAACAGCGCAGAAACCUUACCCAAUGAUGAGAGCCACGCCGUGAGGAGAGUAAGACGUCUAUAUAAUCGAAGCAACUGCGAGUCAGUACGAAACACUCUCAGAUCCCUCCACCGGGCUCUGCAGUACGGGCUGAGCGGCGAUGGUGCCCAGUGCCAUCAAGUCUGCAUAGAGCUGAAUAGUCUUCAUGUAGGAGGCUUUCCGCUACUAACUUUCCGUAUCGGGAUUCAGCACGAGCCAAAUGGACCUCAGGCUUCUUCUCCAUGGAAACUCUUCUACGCCGCUGGCGAAGCAGUCAAGGAGACCUCGGGAGCGAUAUCGCCGCCGCUUACAUUAUCCAGGCCCUCGACUCUUCGAUCACGGCGAUCUUCUUAUUUGCGGGAUAGGGCUCAUAGCAUAUGGAGCAAAUCGCGAGAUUCAUUUGCGUUUGUUAAACAGCUUCCAACGCCCAGAGCAAGUGUGGAGGACGCUUCCAUCACAUCUGCUACGCCAUUCCUACCGGACUGCAUCACAACACGCUCUCGACCAAUAACGAACCUCUGCGAGAAACUAGAAGCUGCUCCCACCGGAGAAGUAUUCGGUUCUAUCAAAGAUCUCGACGAUCCCUCAUCGCCUCAUGAGCGAACAUUCUCAUUAAACCACUUAUCUCGAAAUCAUGACACGGUAAUUCGAGACGUCUCACUCGAAAAGAUUCUCGCUACAGAAUCCCAACGAGUAGCUCCAGCCAUCCAACCCCUCUCCGCAAAACGAAGAUAUGGCAUCGCCGCAUCUCUCGCCUGGGCAGUUUUAUAUCUCGCAGACAGCCCCUGGCUCACACAAGGGUUAGACAGACGAAGAAUCAAGCUAUUCCUUCAAAAAAAGCAAUCCAGCGGCUACAUAAGCCUCUCCGAAAAAGCAUAUCUCUCAUGCCUCAUCUCAAAACCAACAUCCCUUCCCUCACCAGCAUCAUCCACCACCUCCUUACGAAAAGGCACCCCCAAAAAUCUCAUAUUCGAACUGGGAAUUCUCCUCAUAGAGCUCGCCGUCAACCAGUCCUUCAGCGAAGAAUCUCUUUCCGCAAUCCUCAAAGACGAUUUUCGCCCGCUAAAACUACAUCUUAACCGCGUAGAGCAAGAGGCCGGGAUAUAUUACUUCAACGCCGCACAACGAUGCGUGUACGGCGUCUUUCUGGCGGAUCAGGGCCAGAUGGACUUUGACUUGGAAAAGUUUCAAAAUGAGUUUUAUAGUACUGUUGUGGCGCCCUUGCAAGCGACGUACGAUUCACGAUGA